UGUGCAGCACGGGAAUAUAGAGACCUUGAGGAUGAGCCAUGUGCCUGCUGGGGGUCAAUGGCCUGUCCUACCCAAGCAACAACAAGCUUCCCUUGCCAGUUUUCAGCACAGGAUGUGAUGACUAUGAUAAUUCACAUUCCAACAUCGUCAUGCCUCUUUCUGAUGAUGAGCCUGUGUGCACCAAGUUCGAACCCAACAUCUUCGACCCCUCCCGCUGCCACGACUGCCUGCGUCAGAGGCACCUCCAUCAUGGCGCUGGGGACAACACCGAGGCGGCGCCACAGCAGAAAUCCAACACAGACUCUGUCACCAGGCCCAAACGUGGGACGGGACCAUGCAGUGGAAUGCUAACGCCAAUCCCCUCACAGGCAGAGGAAAGGGACACCAGCAGUAAGGAGGAUUCGGACCAUUUGUCCGUGGUGAGCAGCUACUGUGAUGUCACUCGAGGCUGUCCAGGUCAGGAAGAGAGCUCUUUGUGUAUUCUGAGUCCAGACUGCAAGCUUUACAUCUGGGACGGCGACGACAACAACAGCACUGACAGCUGUCUUGACCAGAGUGACUACCAAGAGCUCAGUGGCUCCGGCAGUGCAGAGGACGAAUACCCACCACUGAGAAUGGCUCGACUUGACCCGCCACCUCACCGACCGACCCCUCGGGCCUGGGUGGACGAAGCUCUCGGCAGAGACAGCUUCAACGGGCGCUUAGGGUUUAAAGAAGACAGAGAGAAGCGGGAAAGCGGCUACUUCUCUCUGGGGAGGGUAGCAGGUGCCCGUGCUUCCCGUAAUAAAAGCCCACAAGCGCCUUUUCGUCAUUUUGAGCGAGGACAUCCAGUCUUUAGCAGUAAAAACAUUGAGCCCAAAGAUACCAUCCCCUUCAGAAAUCCCAAUCUUGGUCUGGCCUCUGAUAGGCAGGUACCUGAGGUUUUGGAUAAAGAGCUGGCUGUGGAAAUCCCUCCUCCUGACCCCUAUGACAUUGCUCUUGAGGUUGAAGCACGAGUUGGUGCUCGUUCCCCGAGUCCAACUCCCUUUAAAAUAGCUGAGUCGCUGGCUUUUGUGGAGCAAAAAGGUUUCAUUAGUUCUUACGGUAGAGGAAAUGCUUCUUAUAAUUCUUCAUACCAACAAUCUGGGCGCUUUGAUUCAUCACUGCAAGGCUCAAUUCUACAAUCUUGCUCUUCCUCCCCGGUACAUGGAAACACUCGACUGAAGGGUGUUGACUUUCCUUCCUCCGUCAGAGGCAAUACCGUUGAUGGCAGAGGGCGAUCUCAAGGUAUCGAUCCACAAUUAAGAGCUUCUAUGCAAGGAUCAUAUGGGCGACGUAUAGACUCAGGAUCUUUGCCAAGAAAUUUUAAAUCUCUUGGUGGUUCAGUCAAAUCCCAAUCCAAUACAGUCUCUAAUUUUGGGAGUGCCUUACGAAAAACAGAAGUGGGUGAGUCCUACUGUGGUCGAAGUCUUGAAAGCAGGAGCUCAUCGCCUGGUAAAGCGUUACACCGCAAAACUGAAAAUAGUUCAUUAAACAGAAUCAAUAGUCAUACAAACUUUCCAUCUUUUAGGCCUUCUGAGAGUCGCUAUGAAAGUCGUGGGUCUUCACCAACAAGAAGAACUUGCAGACCAUCGGGCCAAUCUGUCCUUCAUAAAUCAGAAUCAAUUACAUCGCUGGAUGGUAGAAGUCAUUAUGGACGAUGCGGGUCCCCAAUUAGAGAAGGCUAUGACAUUGAAAGUCAAGCUCUUCUACGAAAUGGACUUAAUAGCCAAGAUCACGAAAACCCUCGCGGCCCCGCAACCAGAGAUGGCUAUGGCGUAUCGAGUCAGCCGAAAGUUCACAAGACGGAAUUCAAUGCUGUCAGUAGCAGUCGAGGCCUUGACAGCUAUUCUGAAAGAAGAUCCUAUAAAACUGCUGGUCAGUAUCCACUUCGAAAAACAGUCAGCAGUGCUUCUUUUAAUGGUCGUGAAAGUCGCAAUUCCUCUCCUUCAAGCAGAGGUUAUGAAACUCCCACUCAGUCUAUACUGCGCAAGUCUGAAGUUAAAAGUCGUGACAGCCAUAGCUCUUUCCCUUCAAGUCAAAGCUACAGUGCCCCUCACCAAACAUCAUUUCGUAAAAGUGAACUUAGCAGCUCUAUAAAAAUAAAUAAUCACAAUAGCCGUAAUUAUUCCCCGUCAAGAAAUGCUACCAAUGAACCUCCAGGCUACUCCAUCCUUAGAAAUGCCACCAAUCAGAGAAAAAAUAAUUACAGUGACUCAAAAUCUGCCCCUGAUCGCUCACCACGCUCAUGGCGGGGAUCGACACAUACCCUGCGCAGCUCCUCGCUAUCCCGUGCUGAUUCUCCCACAACACAGAAUGUAAAAGUAAACAGAAAAGCUUCCGUCACCUUGCAAACUUCGAGAAGCCCCGGUGGUGCUAGAUCUACGGUUGGAAGACAGGUUCUUGAAGAUCGCUACACCUGCCCUAAUGACAGGAGACCUCAUAAUGCUCGGAGGAGCCCUUCACCUCCACCUCAGAUGAAAAUGCAACGUCAUACCUUAUCGCAGAGCUCCAUGGAUUCCUCAGAGUCUGUGGCAUCCGCUGGAAGACACAAGGAGGUAUAUGCCAGGGUGGCUGAUCUGCCCAAGGUCAAAAUGAUCCAUCAGAGAGAUGGCCGUAGCCACAUGGAAAGACCUCAGAAUCCCCAGCGCUCUCAUAAACAGGAACUCUUCAAACCAGCUAGCCACUCCCUGAGCAAGCAUCCCUCCAGAGAGUGGGAGGACACCGGGGAAACUGACAGAGAACUCUUCUACGGCGGCAGUGGGUAUCUAUCUCGAGCUCACUCCCCUUCCUCAUUGCAGAGAUCUUUCAGUCCCACAGCAGAUGAGGGCAGUUCUUGGAAAGAUCUUCAUCACAGAUCAGGGCCAAUGCAGCCUGACCUCCUAAACUUCAAGAAGGGAUGGAUGUCAAAACUGGGUGACUGUGGAGAGUGGAAGAAGCACUGGUUUGUUUUAACUGAUGCUGGGCUCAAGUACUAUAGAGACUCCAGUGCAGAGGAGAAAGAUGAUUUGGAUGGUGAAAUUGAUCUGAAAUCCUGCGUCAAGGUUUCCGAGUUUGAUGUGGAGAAGAACUAUGGGUUUCAGAUACAGACACGGGAGGCCGUGUUCACCCUUUCCGCCAUGACAGCAGGAAUCAGGAGGAACUGGAUUGAGGUUUUAAAGAAAUGCAUCAGGCCCAGUACAUCCCCAGACAUCACACAACUGCCUGAUAGCAGUAGUGACAAGGAAAACUCCCACUCACGCCUUCAGCUGCCUUCCCGCCGACCGUCAUCGCGUCACGCUGAUGUUUCGUCAGAAAUUCCUCCUGCUCAGCGUAGGUUUGACUACGUUGAGCUGUCCCCUGUUCCUGCUUCAUCCAGCCAUGUCCAGGCCAAUCAGAGAGAGAUCGGGGAGGGACAGCAGAAGGAGCAGAGCCGAUGGCAGGAAGAGAAGACACGAGACGCCACGUGUAGCCAAUGGGAGGCUGUGCUGUCUCGGAAGGGCACCAGCGGAGUACUCAAUCAAAGACUACACAUGGAAGAGGAGCUAGAGAAAAAGUGGGCAGAGUUUGAACGCAUGCCUUUAAAGGAGAAACCAACAGUGGGGUCCCGGCCUUGCAGCCAGUCAGCCAAUGAGGCGCUGCAGAGGGAGGUGGCGUCACUGAGGCACCAGCUUGAGCAACUACAACAGGGGGGGGGGGAGGGGAGGGGUGCCAGGUGCUGUGGUCCUGACGGUCCCUGCGGCCGCAGCCUGACUGCCAUGGACCGCGCUCAUCGACAAGCGAUGGAGGAGCUGCAGAGACAGCACGAGCGCCAGAUGGCAGAGUUAGAAAUGGAGAAAAAUAGGCUGUUGCUGGAAGAGAUUCAAGAUACGUCACGAGUGAUGGAGGCACUCAAGAAGAAACACAAAGAAGAGCUGGAGAGAGAGGUGGAGAAGGUCAAUAGACUCAGCAGUGGAUUGCUUGACCCACAGACCUUGCACGUCCUACAACAGGCAGACAGUCAGGCCUUGCAGAGAGAAUUAGGCGGACUAUCAGAGCGCUACUCUCAAAAGUGUCUCGAGCUGAACCGAGCUGAACAGAACAACGCUGAAAGGGAGCGGGAACUCAGUCAAAAGGAGAGAGACCUGGAGCAGCUCAAGAAAGAGAACCAGAACUUAAAGGACCGUUUGGGAGAGGAGAUCAUCCGCAUACGAUGUAACAACACAGACAUCGGUUCAAAAGACAACAACGAGACGUCCUGUGAAUUAGAGGUACUUCUCAGGGUAAAAGAAAAAGAGAUUGAGUACUUGCAUAAGGAGAUCAACUGUCUAAGGAAUGAACUUCAGUUCCUUAACACGGAGAAGCAUCUGGCUGGUGAGCGAUAUGCGGAGAUCAAUGAGGAGCUGAGUGGGCUAAAAGGGCGGAGUGAGCGGGAGAUCCAGAGUCUAAAGGAGCACUUAAGGCUAGCCAUGGCCGCUCUGCAGGAGGGCCAAAGGCUGGGUAACAGCAUGGACCACUAAGUCUGCUGAGAAUCCUUAGUGAAAGGUGUGUCUGCUUCAAUGUGACUGAAUGAACACGAGAUACAGAAAAGUAGAGGAAAUGGUCGCACUUUGGGUGGGGGGGGACCAUGAUCGUGCCUAUUGUUUCAAUCAUUCCGCCAAUCCAGCAGCAUGGAAAAGCUGACAACUGGCUUCAUUACACUGGACCAUGUGUGAUAUAUAAACUGCACUUUUCCAUUCUUACUGAAACUUCUGCCUCAAUGGAGUUAAAGCAUGUAUGAGUGUGCAUUUUGUCUUAAAACUGGAAUAUUUCUCAACAAUUAUUUUUAUAGUUUCAGGUAUUUCAGGUAACUCUCAAACAUUGGACCCUUUUGUGCCUGUUAAUAACUUGAGGCCACAGAAUGACACAGAGCUACUAUCAUCUCAGUUUUUUUUAUGUUGUACAGCUUUCAAAACUACACUUUGAAAUGAAAGCUCAUCUUGUUGUUGUUUUGUUUGUAAACAGGAAACCUGAGUUUAGGUUGUGUUAUUUGCUGUAAAGAUGCAGAAACGAACUGGGAUUAACACAAAAAGCAACACAAAAUGUCAUUGAGAGUAUGCUGAUUAGACAUGAAUAUGAACUUGUCUCCAACCAAAUUCAGCCUCAAAUUUCUUUGACUGGAAAAAGCUCAUUAUUGCUUUUUGCCCCAUAAUACCCCUAAGCUUCUUUCCCCUCCAUCUUCAUCAUUGCGGACCUAAACAAAAUUGACAAGUGUUGCAUUAAUGAGCCAAUUUGUCAACAAAUAUGGAGUGUUGAUGAAAAAAUAUAUUGUGAUAAAAUGACUUAUCUACCUUUUAGAAAAAAAAAAAUAUUUAAUAUACCGUAUUGCCGGUAUUUUGUAAAUAAUACACAUUUUGCAAUCAAUAAAAUAAGAGAAGCUCCUUC